CUCUGACUCUGACUCUGAAUAUUGCAAUAUUCCGAUGUACAGUAAUAAGCUCUGGAAUAAAACUAUGAACGUGCUGCUCGGAGUCCGAGUGCGCCGUGAGUGUGAGGGAGGUAACAGAUGAGCUGCAGGUUCUCGGGGACAGAACACUGAUAGAGAAUCCGCCAGGCUGUCCAGGAUGUGUGUGAGCGCAGAUCUGCUGGAGGUGACAGGGUGACAAACUAUGCGGAAAAACAGACGGACUACAGUCUGAAACCGGAGAACUACAGACUGAAACUACACGGUCAGCGGAGCUGAUGAGGCGGUCACUCGGUGUAAGAGCACGGAGACUCGGAGGCUCAGUGACCGCGCUGUGGUUGGGCUCCAGAAGGGACUUUUAUUUUGACACGGCUGGGCUGGUUACUGUGGCUCCGGCGCCUCAGCGCUCAGUGUAGCCGUACCCGCAGCAGGAGCAGCGAGCUGUGGCUUUGCCCCGGAGCGGAGGGCUCGGUAACGGCUCUGGCUGGAGGAUGAAGCGGGACGCGGGACCGUGAGGGAGCGGAGAGAUGAUGGAGGCGAACGACGGCAAGGAUAUGAAGUUGUCGGCUGAGGUUGAGCCGUUUAUUCCCCAGAAGAAAGGAGUGGACUCCAGCCUGCUGAGCAUGAGUGUGUGUGGAGAGGGUGGCGGGGGGGCGGAGCCGACUCCGAUCCCAUCAUACCUCAUCACCUGUUAUCCCUUCGUACAGGAGAACCAACCCAACAGUAGGCAGUUGCCAGUGUAUAAUGGGGAUCUGCGCUGGCAGCAGCCCGGUGCUGCCCCUGGUGGUCCGUACCUGGCGUACCCCAUCCUGUCCUCCCCGCAGCCCCCUGUCUCAAACGACUACACUUACUACCAGAUCAUGCCGGCACCCUGCCCCCCCGUCAUGGGCUUCUAUCAGCCCUUCCCCGGCGCGUACGCAGGACCCCUGCAGCCCAGCGUGGUCAACCCUGUAACAGACGGCUGUGAGAGACCCCCCCAACAGGCCCAGCCCUUUGGAAUGGCCGCUCAGAGAGGGAGGGGCAUGGCCCGAGCCCCCGUACUGCCCAAGCAGGUGGCUCAGCCAAUCAGAGCGAAGCGGCCUGUGAUGCGCAGCGUGGCCGUGCAGAAGGAGGUGGGCGCCGCAGGGCCUGGCGGGAGAUCGCGGACGGUGCUGCUGGUGGACGCCGCGCAGCAGACCGAUUUCCCCGGGGAGGCGUGUGGUGGUGGCGGCAGCAGCAGGUGUGUUUCCGAAGGUGGGCUGCAGUGGAGGGGUAAACCCCGGCGCAGGCGCGUUUCCCAGCCUGCAGAAUCGUCCAGCGAGCAAGGAGCGAGCGAGGCUGAUAUCGACAGUGACAGCGGCUACUGCAGCCCCAAACACAACCACCAGGGGGCAGCGAGCCGCAGCAACCAGCACACCAACACAUUGGGUGUGGAGGCCGGAGUAAUGACCGCAGUUAGCUGGGUGAAUGCAGCGUCCCAGGCUGGUCAGAAGCCGUGGUCAGACAGAGCCUCGCCCUUCCACAGAAACAAAAUCCAUGACCAGAGGAGCUACCCACAGGAGUUCCCGAUGGGUUUUGUUGGCCGUGUUGGGGGAGUAACGGAGCGAGGGCCGGUGGGUGGUCAGCGAAGAGUCCAGCAGGGUGUUCAGCCCACCACACACACCACCAGCACCCCCAGCUCCACGAACACACCCAGCACCUCCAACAACGAUCACACACCUGAGCCCCUCUACUUCCAGGACGAGGAGGAGUUUCCUGACCUGGCCACAGGGGGCGCCGUGCAGCGGAACAAACAGGAACAAGUCCAGCUCAAACUGCCCAAACCUCUGUUGGACAACCUUCCGGAGAAUUCUCCGAUCAACAUCGUCCAGACGCCGAUCCCCAUCACCACCUCAGUGCCCAAACGAGCCAAGAGCCAGCGCAAAAAGGCCCUCGCAGCAGCUCUGGCUACGGCGCAGGAGUACUCCGAAAUCAGCAUGGAGCAGAAAAAACUACAGGAGGCCCUGACGAAAGCCGCGGGGAAGAAGAGCCGGACCCCCGUGCAGUUGGAUCUGGGAGACAUGCUGGCGGCUCUAGAGAAGCAGCAGCAGGCUAUGAAGGCUCGACAGCUUAACAACACCAAACCGUUAUCGUACACAGUGGGGACGACCUCAGUGUUCCACAGUAAGGACGCGGUCAGUAAAGGUGUGAUAAAGACUCCGUACACGCCCCCCCUGAACAUGCUGGACUCCACCCCACCGCGAAUAAAGAGGGGUAAAGAGAGGGAGGUUCCCAAAGUGAAGAGACCCACAGCACUUAAGAAGGUGAUCCUGAAGGAGCGCGAGGUGAAGAAGGCGAAGCUGUGUGUGGAUCAGCCGGCAGGAGCUGAAGAGCAGCCUGACGAUGACCUGAACUUCACCGACACCCUCACGCAGGAAAUGGUCUCACAGGAAGAGAACGGUCUGAGCAUGCCCAGUGACGCCUCGCUCUCUCCGGCCAGUCAGAACUCUCCCUACAGCAUAACUCCGGUCUCUCAGGGUUCCCCCGCCAGCUCCGGCAUUGGCAGCCCUAUGGCAACCUCCGCCAUUACCAAAAUACACAGCAGGAGAUUCAGAGAGUACUGUAACCAGGUUCUGAAUAAGGAGAUAGACGAGAGCGUGACUCUGCUGCUGCAGGAGCUGGUGCGCUUCCAGGAGCGCGUGUACCAGAAGGAACCGGCUAAAGCGAAAGCGAAACGCCGCCUCGUCAUGGGCCUCCGAGAAGUCACCAAGCACAUGAAGCUCAACAAGAUCAGAUGCGUCAUCAUCUCGCCGAACUGUGAGAAGAUCCAGGCCAAGGGCGGUCUGGACGAGGCUCUGUAUAACGUGAUCGCGAUGGCGCGGGAGCAGGAGAUCCCGUUUGUUUUUGCUCUGGGUCGUAAAGCGCUGGGCCGCUGCGUCAACAAACUCGUCCCUGUCAGCGUGGUCGGCAUCUUCAACUAUUCAGGAGCCGAGGCUCUGUUUAACCGGCUGGUGUCUCUGACGGAGGAGGCGCGGAGGGCGUAUAAGGAGAUGGUGUCGGCUCUGGAGCAGGAGCAGGCGGAGGAGGCUCUGAAAAACGUCAAAAAGGUUUCGCAUCACAUGGGCCACUCCCGAAACCCGUCGGCCGCAUCCGCCAUAUCCUUCUGCAGCGUCAUCUCUGAACCCAUCUCGGAGGUCAAUGAGAAGGAAUACGAAACCAACUGGCGUACGAUGGUGGAGAACUCCGACGGUCUGGAGCCGCUGGAGAACGAGUCUGCCAGCAAAACGUCCAGCGGGACGAAAGAGAGCGAGAGGACGUCGCACACUCCUCCCGCAGAGCCGGCGUCCACGCAGCCUGCACACUCGCACCCCCCGGGGCCGGAGGGGCAGGACCGGCUGGAGUGGGCGUCGCAGCAGAGCACAGAGACGGGGUCUCUGGACGGCAGCUGCAGGGGCCUGCUAAACUCCUCCAUCACCAGCACCAGCAGCACCCUCGUCCCCGGCAUGCUGGAGGAAGAGGAGGAGGACGACGAUGAUGAUGAAGAUUAUACUCCAGAGCCCAUCCUGGUGGAGGUGCCCCCCCUCAGCAGCAUGAUCGAAACGUGGGUCAGCACCACUCUGGAGAACCUGCAGCUGUCCGGCAAGAGCCGCCACGGCUCCGAGGAGGAAGAGGAGGACGAGGACGAGGAAGACGUGGGCGGAGUGAGCGAUGAUGAAGAUGAGGUCGAUUUAUCGGAUCUCGCAGAACCGGCUGUGGUCGACAAGCAGACAGCAGAGGCUCAGAACACCAGCGGCUGAGGGAGCAGCACAAACACACAAGCACACGCUUUAUCUCCACCUGCUCAGCUGACCUGGCCAUUUUAUUAGAAACGCCUGCAUACAGCUGCACAUGUUGCUAUGCUACCAUGCUACGUCCAUGCCAGCGUCACUGCUGAGCAGUCCAUUGCCCAAUAAUAUCCGGACACACAUUUAUUAGAGGUGCACAGUUGGAAUGGGAUGGUUUCUGCUCUUAGCAGGCCGUCAGCCACUCGAUGGCUUACAUUUGUGAGUCGAAUCUUUUUUUAUAUGAACAAGCACCUUGAAACACCUGCAUCCUAAUCAAUAACGUCACGUAAACGUGCUCAGUUAAACACUAAUGUUACAGUACACACACAAAAAUAUGGAUAGUCAUGGUGUAUUAAUGCGUUUGGGUUGUAAUAUUAGUGUUUUUCAGAGCAGCUAAAAGCUUACUGGCCAUAUACACAGCUUUCAGGUGUGUUUCAGGUGCCUAAAUCUUCCAUAGUACUGUAUACGGGAGGUGUUUCUGAUAAAAUGGCCAGUGAGGUGGGUGGACCUAAUACACACACACACACACACACACACACACACUGCUCUGAGUCUCCCUCUUCAUACUUGAAUGGAACAGGAUUGUCUCCUUGAUCGAAAACGUCUCCAACACAGUCAGUAGGAACGAUGAUGAUGAUGAUGAUAAAGGCUCAUUUCUAGAUCAAUGUAACAACCAAACUCUCUCUCUCUCUCUCUCUCUCUCUCUCUCUUUCGUUCUUUCUU